UUAGUAUUGCGUUGAAAAUGUUAUCAAUCAGAAGAUCCCAAGUAUAAAAAGUUGAGAAAAAAAUGGGAGUAUUUAUUAUUAGAAAGUCGAUAGUAAAGAUAAAACUAAGAAUAAUUUAAAUAGAACUGACAUACGGUUACUCGAAAAACUGUACUUGGAGUGAACUAAAGCAACCAUUUUUUUGUCGAAGCCGUAUAAGAGUGGAUUUGGAUAGUGCGGAAAAUAUAGCUCAGGUACAGAUACAUUGCCGGCCACGAUUUAUAACUUUUGAUACCAAAGUUGUGCGAUCCCGCUAUGUAUUGCCACUCGUACGAUAUUCCCCGCAUCGUUUCAAUGAGCCUUUAUAAAAAUUGUAAAUAGAUUAUAUCCCAUGUUUUCUGGUGGUACAUUUAAAAUUUGCAUUUAGCAAUACCUGCGUUUGUGUGUAAACUGGCGAACAAAAAAGAUGAAGAUCUCUUAUCAUCUAUUAACGAAAUAAUCACAGCGGUAUUGAACCUAAUAGAAUACAAAGGUCGGGGUUAACUUAAAAAGAUAAGUUUCCUAACAUUGGCGGCUGAUAAAACAUAAGUAUUGGUGAAGUAGCUGUGGAUGAUACACGUGCUUUUAAGAUGUGUUUUUUUUUGUUCGGAAGUUAAGUAUGCUCAUUAGUUCACGAUAUAAAUUGCUAUUCAGAGAUAUCCACUGAACCUGAAAAGGACAAACGGGUAGAACUAGUAGUAAGGUAGUAGUAAAUUAGGUUUAGGCAGUUUUGUGUGUCCAAAAACGUAUCGAUAUUCGUGUGAAAAAGAAUAAACGUUUCGUUAAAAAUGGCAGUUAUGAAAGGAAGACAAGUGCAGUAUUUAGUGGCAUUCGCUGUAUCGCUGGCAGCACUUUCAAGUGGAGUCAAUCUAAUGUGGACAACACCAAUAAUUCCAAAGUUUCAUAAUAACGAGACGAAUAUAGUUGUUACAGACGACCAAAUAUCAUGGAUAGCUGCUAUGUCGUCUCCCGGUUUCAUGACCGGGAGCUUGCUCACCAGGUUCAUAUCAGAUAGAUUUGGGAGGAAAACCAAUAUAUUGCUCAGUGCAUUGCCUAUUGUCACUGGAACGGUUAUUCUCCUAAACACCUCAAGUGCUUGGUGGAUUUGUGUCACUAGAUUCAUUUGGGGCACAGGAUCAGGUAUGAUUAGCACUGUAUCAGCAGCCUAUUUAGUAGAAAUAUCGGAUAAGGACAUCAGAGGCAUGUUGACUGCCUCAUUCCGGUUCAUGGUGACGUUCGGCAGUAUCCUGGUCAUAGCAGUUGGUUCUCUUGUCUCCUACGACACUCUGAACUACAUGCUCAUAGCUAUACCGAUGUGCUACUUCAUGGCCUGUUCCUGUAUACCCGAAUCUCCUUAUUAUUACCUCAAAGAUGAAAAGGUUGAUGCCGCGAGAAGGUCGCUGAUGAAGUUGAGCGGGAAUAAGGAUGAAGUGGUGCUAGAAGAAAGAUUAUCAGCAAUGAGGUCUGAUGUUAGAUUGGAAAUGUUGCGAUCAAGUUCACUUAAAGAGCUGUUUACUGGAAAACAAUACCGACGGGCGUUAGUUAUUGGAACAGUUUUGAAACUGACUCAAGUCAUGGCUGGAACGAUAGCACUUCAGCAAUACGUGGGUCGGAUCGUCCAGGAAAGUACGACAAGCAUCAGUAUAUCCACAGUACUGAUGAUCUUUGGAGCUGUGAGAUUAGUUGUUGGCUUAUUAUCCUUAAUAAUAGUGGACAGGAUAGGAAGGCGUCCGUUAUUACUGUACUCCUUCGUCAGUUCUGCGUCAGUUCUCGCUACAGUCGGCGCUUACUUCCUGAUUCUCCCUAACUCAUCUCCAUACUUCACUUAUAUCCCUUUCAUUGGCAUCACAUUAUCCAACACAAUAGCAAUCCUGGGCUAUGACACCCUAGUCUUUAUCAUCCCAGCAGAAAUAUUCCCUUUAAACGUCAAAUCAGUAGCUUUGACAUAUUUCAACAUGUUGGGUGGUAUAACAAACUUCCUCUCAGUCAAAGGCUUCCAAGAAAUCAAAGACCUGGCUGGGCUUACAGGAGUCUUCUGGUUUUAUACAAUCACUUGUAUAAUUGGAGCUGUCUUCACGUAUUUCAUGGUCCCAGAGACUAAGGGCAAGAGCUUAAGAGAGAUCCAGAUUGAAUUGCAAGGACGUUAUUAUGAUGAGGCUAAUGAAAAGUUGAAUAAACUGAUGCCACUCGAAGAUAUUAAGUCAAAUAGUUUGAAAGGGGAUAUAGUAAUAAAAACCCAAGAAAAGUUGACCCAAAAUGGAAGUUAACGAAUGAAUUUAUUUAUUUUUAGCACGAAUUUAGCUCAAUCGGAAUCCGGGAAGUGGCUCAAAUUCAACUUGAAAAGUCUACAGACCGACAAACAAGGACAACGGGACAGGACAAACCAAAUAAAGACUAGUCAAAAAGAUAGUGACGAGCCAUUAAGACCUAGUAUUUCAACUUUUCAAGAUAAACGCACUAACACUGAAACCUCUUUUUCGACAUUUCCCCCGUGACCAUACGUUUUCGGCAAUAAAAUAUUAUAAUACCCUUUGUUGUUCCGAACAUAAAUGCUUGAUAGUCAGUAGAUAAGGAGCUUUGACAAAUAGGACGACGCUGGGGGCGAAACGUGGGCUAUCAUUGAAAGUCUUAUUACCGACAGCGUAGCAUUAAGUUGUGCAAAAGUUGAGGUUAUAUUUGAGGUUAGGAGCAGAUUUUGUAAAUAAAAAUUAAUUAAGCAUUAUGUAUAUGGACAAACAUUUUUGCCUAGUGCUAUUAGGCCCUCAACUAUAAAUAUAUAUCAGAGUACAUAGAUGUUUUAA